AUGGUUUUUAAAUGGCUUUGGAGAUAUUUGACGGGGGGUGAAGCUCUUUGGGCUAGGGUGGUUAAAUCCAUUUAUGGUGAGGUGAGCUGGGGGAUUGAGGGAGAAUGCAGGUUGGAGAAUAGGGGUGGGGGAAAGGGAUGGUGGGCGAGAUUAAUUGCGAAGAGUGGGGAGAAGGACGAGAAAUGGUUCUCUAGUAACAUUUCUCGGCGGGUGGGUGAUGGGAUGAGGAUUAGCUUCUGGGACGAGGUGUGGGUUGGGUGUAAACCUCUGAAAUUCGUCUUCCCUAGAUUAUUCAAUCUAUGUGGUAACAAAAGAGGAUGUGUGGGAGAGAUGGGAUUUUGGGAGAACGGGAACUGGAUUUGGGAGAUCGGAUGGAGAAGGGAGCUGAGAGAUAGGGAAAGAGGGAUGUGGGAGGAGCUGAGGACUUUUUUCUCUCAUAUUACUCCUUGUGCAGGGAAGGAAGACGACUGGCAGUGGAAACCCGGCAAAGACGCAGCUUUUUCAACAAAGACGGGUUAUGAUACCAUUGCGGCUUCUAAAAACGGGCAGCUGACGAAACGGGUAGCGACGCAGCUCAAGUUUGGAAGGCUAAGACUCCCCAUAAGGAGAAAUGUUGCAAUUGGUCCCGAAGAGAGAUGGUGUAACUCAUGUGUGAUGCAAGAAGAAACGGCGGAACAUAUCUUUUUGAAUUGCCCCAAAGUUGAGAUGGUCUGGGAUGGAAUUUUUCAAUGGCUGGACAUUAAAACAGCAAAGCCUAAAGGUAUUACUCAACACUUUAAAUCCUUUGUCUUUGGCGCUAGAAGGAAGAAAGGGAGAAAACUACUUCUUGCUCUUUGGGUUGGGAUUGUGUGGCUGAUUUGGAAAUAUAGAAACGAGAGCAGGUUUGAGGGUAGGGUCUGA